UGCUUAGUUAUCCCGGAGGUGAAGUCUUGAAUAAUGGCAUCAAACAUCAUAGUGAGGCAGAGGAAGAAGGGUAGGCCUCAUAGUCUGCUCCUCCAGCAGCACACACAGAGCGUGAUGUCAGCGCUAACAGUCUCGUUGUAAUUGACUUGGUGGGGGUGAUGGCGUCAUUUCAUGCCCUGCUGUAGCCUCCUGCUCCAAUAGCGAAGGGGAGACGGAUCUUUGGCCGACGCGACCGUGGCUCCCUUGGCCGGGAUCGAGCACCGCGGAGCCGGACACUUGACGCCGGGAAACAUGGAGGAUGAAGCGGCCGAGCAGCUGCGGGCCGGCUCUCGGGUACCUGUCACUAUCGAUCAAAUAGUUAACGAUACGCUGGUGGUGACGCUGACCUACCGGGAGAGGAGCUACACGGGGAUACUGCUCGACUGCGACAAAAAGACCGGGCUGUUCUGUCUACCAGAGUUCACAGCCAAACCUGAGGACUGCCUGAAAUCUAAACCGGAAUGUGAAAUCCCGGAAGUGCUGAGUGAGGAGCCGGUUUCCGAAUCUCCCAGCGAGGAUUCACACAGACCAAAGGAUGAAAACACGCUCCCCGAAAGCAGCAUACCUGCCGCUCCUCCUCCUUGCCCCGUCCCCACAUUGGUGCCGGCUGGACAGACUCCUUACCCUCCUUAUUUUGAAGGAGCCCCUUUCCCCCAACCCUUAUGGGUCCGACACAGCUACAGCCAAUGGGUACCUCAGCCUCCUCCACGUCCAAUCAAGAGAAAGAAGAGGCGAACACGAGAGCCCGGCCGCAUGACCAUGAGCACAAUCCGUCUGCGGCCGCGGCAGGUACUGUGUGAGAAGUGCAAGAACACUCUGAACAGUGAUGAGGACAGCAAAGACAGCAUGAGCAACAACACGAAGACUUCUAGAAAAGAGAAUUCACUACAGAGUGAUGAUGAAGGAGAUGAUAAAGACUCCCCCGGUAAGCUGUCCAGAAAAGAAGAUGUAGUUGCAGCAAAAGAUCCCAAGCGACGAGAAAACAGCACCAGCCUGGACAGCAAGCGUCUUAAGAGGGACAAACGGGGGGAGGCCGAGGGGGAGAAGUUCCCUGGAGGUGACGUUAUCCCCCACAGCCCGGUCAUAAAGAUCUCCUACAGCACUCCGCAGGGCAAGGGAGAGGUGAUGAAGAUCCCCGCAAGAGUCCACGGCUCAGUUAAGCCGUUUUGCCCCAAACAGCUGGUGCAGAACGGGGUAGAAGAAAACGAUAAGACCCCAUCGGAUCCGACCAAGGAACAACGGCAUAUUCUAGAUGCCACGAGGUCCGGCCUCACCGUGUCCAUUCCUAAACUCAAACUCACCCGGCCUUUCACUACAGUGGGUCAGGACUUACCUUCCCCAAAAAUCCGCUUGAGACCCUCAUCAAGGGAGGGAGAGGAGAGUGUGGUGGAGUAUGAGGCAGAACUUGUUGGGGGCACCAGGAGACGAAGCCCCAGGGUGCCCGGUCCCUGUCUCCCCCACUCCGAGGACUCAGGGGAGGGAAAGAACUCUUUGGAGUUAUGGUCGGGGAGUUCAGGAGAGGAAGCAGAGCGAGGACACAGUGACCUCACGCUUCUUAUUAAUUUCCGUAAGCGUAAAGCGGAUUCUUCUAGUCUGUCGGUCUGCAGUAGUGACAGUUUGGACGAAUCCAAGUCCUUCAGCUCUGAUGGCACCUCCCCGGAGCUGUGCGACCUUGCCCCAGGUGAGGACCUCUCUGUUACGUCAUCAUCCGUUCCCUCGCGGGAAGACUGCAAGACGGUGCCGCCGCUCACGGUGCGGCUCCACACCCGCAGCAUGACCAAGUGUGUAACAGAGGACGGUCACGCCGUGGCGGUGGGUGACAUUGUGUGGGGGAAGAUUCAUGGCUUCCCCUGGUGGCCAGCCCGCGUCCUCAGCAUCAGUGGCACCCGUAAGCAGGAGACGGCGAACUGUGAGGCCCAGUGGCCCCAGGCAAAGGUGGCGUGGUUUGGUUCGCCUACCACGUCCCAGCUCUCUGUCGCUAAACUGUCGCCCUUUAGAGAGCUGUUCAGGUCCCGCUUCAACAGGAAGAAGAAAGGGAUGUACCGGAGAGCCAUCCUGGAGGCCGCCAAGGCUGUGGGUCACAUGAGCCCUGAGGUCACAUCGCUGCUUUCACACUGCGACACGUAGAAGCUGAGGACUGACUGGAGGACUGCUUUUUUUUUCUGAAUUCUCAGACCCUGUCAUCAAGACCCAGGAGGGAGUACGUGAGGUUGCCACGGCUACAAUUUGUACGCUGUUUCUUUUUUUCCUUCCACAAGGCUGGUUGAAAGAUGGCUGCCACAGUGGAGUGUUGUUGAGACUGUAUAAGGGAGCAAAAAAAAAAAAAAGGCCAUGCAUCUGAUGGUCUGCUGAACUAUUCCUCUUUUUUUAUUUUUUAGAAUUAUUCAUGUUUCAAUAGAGCCGACACUACUAGAACCCAAAUGUAUUUAUUAUCUGUUAUGGUUUAUUAUGAACCAUCCGUCUGCUACAAUCUCUCUAAACCUCCCAGUCUGCUGCUGUCUUUACCGCGGUCCUCACCGCAACUGAUGUGAGGUUGUCCAGCCACAGGAAGCCGACGGCAUCCCUCGCCCUGGACACCUUUAACGGAGGUUUAAAAAGUCUUACCCUGAACCCUCUUACUUCUCAAACUGUGAACGGCUCCUUCUGGCUGUUCCAGCUCCUCUAGCGAUCGGUGUUUCCAUCCUUGUAGCCUUCUGUUGGAUCUGUGGAUGUAUUUAUACUGAACUCUAUUCCUCUCCUGAGUCAUCUUGUGUCUCUCUUCUUUUUCAUUUUCAUCUUUUAGAAGUGUCUUUAUGUCCCCACCCUAGUUCUUCCCUGAGAACCAUUUUCACAUCACUUUACUUAUUUAAAACGUCACGUUUGAGAAAAAGCACUUUAUCUGUACCUUGGUGGCCUGCUGUAAGCUCCCUGUCUGAAACACUAUUGUGAGAUUACAGCCCUAACAGGCAGCGGGGGAGUUCAGAAGUCUUUGUGGUUGACUAUCUAUGGCCUUGGAGAUACAAAAAAAACUUUUAUUUUUUUGUUUUCAGUUUAUCUUAUUGUACGAUUUUGGGGACACCAGACACGGAUGGUUGUGUACACUGAAUACUUGCGUUUGACUUGAUGUGUUUCUCCCCCUCUCUCACUACAAACCCAGGUUUAAAGGAGAAUUGUCGUACUUAAAACAUGGGCUCUUUUUUUUUUGUUGCAUAUUUAAGAGUCUGAAUGAUUUAAAGGUUUGAAGUUUUUGAGUUGCUCCUGAAGAAAACUUCAGGUGACAACAAUGAGACAGGUGGUAUCUGCCGCAAUGUAAUCCUUGCAGUCUGAUCAACUCCACUUAAAGUUCCUAUCUGACAACAUUACAGAUAAAACCCCCACAGAGAUCCACCUUUUUUAUUUAGGGACUAUCCUUUCCUUUGUUACCACUCAACCACUCCCACUCCAUUGACAAAAACUACAUAUUUCAAAUCCCAGAACACAGGAGUCGCUGGUCUACACCCUGAGCUUAAGUUUUUUUGUGUAACUUUGAUGUGUUUAUGUGAGCUAACUUCUCAAACAUCAUUCUUGCACAACAGAGUACUGUUUAUGUCAAUGGGGUUUGGUGGCUUUAAAGAGAGCAAUGUUAGGGUUGUUGGUGGUUUCAAAGCAUCUCACUCUUAAAGAAAAAGGUCUGUCUCUGUAGGGAUCCUUUCUGUAAUGCUGUUGGACAUGUACAACAACUUGUCAGUGACAUCGCAUAACUUUAUGUUGAUGUGGUUUGAUUGGGAACAUUUUCCCCAGGGAUUAUCUUGCAGCCAUUGCAGCCUGUUACCUGCUGCAGGCUGUAGAAAUCUGCCAGACUGAGUCAAACCUUUCUGUAGCUAUUCAUCAUGUAGACCCCAACACAUUUCAAUGCAGGGCCCAGGUUUUAAAAUACCAGAAUUCCCCUUUAAGAUGUCCACCGUAGAGAUGGGUGAACAGAUGUGUCAAAACCUCUUAUGCAUAUCAGUCAAAGCUUUAUGAGUCACAUUGGGAGAAAAUGAAAUUUUCAACAUGCUGUACGAAUACUGUGAAUUCAGUGGCCGAGUGUGGUGAACAGAACCUCGCUGCUAGUCGCAGGCUGCAGAUAUUGAGUCAUCCGACUGAAGCAGACCGUAACGCUGACCUUUAGUGAUCUUUGUGUUGAAAGCAGCACUGUUGGAACGGAGGGAGGAGGGGGGGGGGGCAGUGAAGGCAAGAGACCACAUGGAGGUCUGUAGAUUGCACACAACCAACCAGCCGUCUCCUCUCCUCGUGUCUGAGAACACAGAGUUCAGUCCGCUCAAUGAGAGGAGUGUGUUUAAUAAGGGGGCCGGUAACACUCCUGUUGUGAUAAUCUUUGGUUUGACUGUUUGCUGUCAAGCUCGGCUAGUUUCCAUGCAGCCUUACACACCGAGUAGUGGGAGAGUCUAAAUGUACGUAUGCCUGCGAGGGGAAAUGGUCUUCAGGAUUUUCCUGUGUGUGAGCAACAUGGCGAUCUACUGUUGCCCACGUUGGUCAAUGUUAUUGGCUACUUUUUUGUUUUCUUUUUUUACAUGUACUGUACAUAAAAUAAAAUAUAAAGCAAUAAUG